UCUCGAUAAAAAGAAGGUAUUAGGCAACUCCAUAGACAAGCCCAGUAGGUGGCGGUAGAGGGCAAGUUAUAGACUGCAAGCUGCUAAUAAAACGAAGAAGAAGAGGAGACAAGGCGCGCUCCGGAGUAAAUUUCAAAUUCUAGAAAGAACGCAGCCUCAACCGUCCUUACAAUGAGUGUGGGUGAGUUUAAAUUCUUGGAGAAGACUGGGGAGGAAUUGGUGGCUUUGGUCAACAGCGCCAAAAUGGAGAAUCUGAUAAAAAUCAAAGACGAGCUUCUUGUGCUUUGUGACCAGCACUUGGAUGCGAAGAAGGUUGUGACACAGAUAAUAAAAGCGGAGACUGAGAUUGCAGAGAGUGUUGGCCAGAAAGUACUGGACAUGGAGGAGGAGAAGCAGCAACGGGAGCGAGAUCUGGAGAGCCUGGAGGAGCAGCUGAGGCAGGUCACAGCCAAGGGCCAGAUGGCUGACUCAGAGUUACAGUUUCUAAAGAGAGAACUAGAAAGUCUGAGAAACCGUGAGAACGAGCUGGAGACUCUUCAGAAAGAGGUGGAUGAAGACACCACAGAGAUUAUACCUUCAGCAGUGUAUGUGGCUCAGUUGUAUCAUGUCAUAACCAAGAUCAAGUGGGAAUAUGACGGACCACCACACAUUAUAAAAGGAGUACACUAUGGAACAGAUCUGGCCACUCCCAUCAACAUAGACACUUCAGGGGAGUCGAAAAGCGCCGUGAGUGACAAGCUGUGGAGCUUUGUCAGCACUGAAUGGUAGACGGAGGUGGUGUUGGUUCCUUACCUGUGUUAUUAAAUUGUUUGCAAAAUGUUAAAUUGUGAUUAAAUAAAUGAUCUUAAUGAGCUUAACUAAAUAAGUUAUGGUGGAUCAGA